AGCAGCAUAGCAAUUUUUAUAUAAAAGGAAGAAUCAUAUGAAUGAAUAUUUUUCCUCCAUGGUUGUUAGGUUAGCGAUAUAAAUGCAGUUAUUGACUUAUUAUUACUACUCGUAGCGGUAUAUAAAUUUUUACCCAUUUAGAAUUUUAGAUACGUGAAGAAAAGUGGCAAUGAGGCCAUACCCAAAAAACAUGAACGAAGAAACGAAAACCAAAGGCAAAAAACCCAAACAAAGUUUUGUGUCCCGUUUCUUCAUCACUUUCAAAACACUAUUUUCCACCAUGACCAGAAAACCCUUUCUCAAACGAACCCUAAUUACCUUCUUCAUUAUCUUAUCCCUCUACGCUCUCUUCAACACCUUUUUCGAACCCUCUGAUUCCUUCACCUUCGACUCCAACCCACUCAAUUUCAACUCCACCACCACCUCCGUCGUUCUCGCCGCCGGUAAUUCCAAAUCCCCUGCCGUCAAGGUCUAUCUCUACGAUCUCCCUAAAAGAUUCACCUAUGGAGUUAUCUACCACCAUUCCCUCGCGCGUGGUUCACGCGCCGACGAAAGCGAUUUAUCUUCCCUCAAGUAUCCCGGCCACCAGCACAUGUCGGAGUGGUAUCUCUUCUCCGAUCUCGCUCGACCAGACUCCGAACGUGCUGGUUCUCCCGUGGUUCGUGUUCUAGAUCCGGAAGAAGCGGAUUUGUUCUUCGUGCCGUUUUUGUCGUCGUUGAGCUUGAUCGUGAACCCGGUUCGACCUCCCGGUUCAGUUCCCGUUUCAGAGAAACCUGUUUACAGCGACGAGGAGAAUCAGGAAGCGUUGGUGGAGUGGCUGGAGAGGCAGAAAUAUUGGAAGAGGAAUAAAGGAAGGGAUCACGUGAUUGUGGCUUCUGAUCCGAAUGCGAUGUACCGGGUCGUUGAUCGGGUUAAGAAUUGCGUGCUACUUGUUUCGGAUUUUGGACGGUUGCGACCCGAUCAGGGAUCUCUGGUGAAGGAUGUGAUUGUUCCUUACUCGCAUCGUAUAAAAACGUAUGAAGGUGAUGUCGGUGUUGAUAAACGCAACACCUUGUUGUUCUUCAUGGGAAAUCGAUAUCGCAAAGAGGGAGGGAAAAUUCGGGACUUUCAAAUUCUAGAAAAAGAAGAGGGUGUUAUAAUUAAGCAUGGAGCACAGUCCAGAGAGAGUCGGCGGGCAGCUUCGCAAGGAAUGCAUACAUCAAAGUUCUGCUUACAUCCUGCUGGAGAUACACCAUCAGCCUGCCGAUUAUUUGAUGCAAUUGUUAGCUUGUGCAUUCCGGUGAUUGUCAGUGAUAGUAUUGAGUUGCCUUUUGAAGAUACUAUAGACUAUAGAAAGAUUGCUGUGUUUGUGGAAACUGCUCCUGCUAUUAAGCCAGGAUAUCUGGUGUCAAUUUUGAGAGGCAUGACCGCAGAUAGAAUCUUGGAAUAUCAGAAAGAACUAAAAGAGGUGAAGCGAUAUUUUGAAUAUGAAGAACAAGAAGGGACAGUUAAUGAGAUUUGGCGCCAAGUUUCGAAAAAACUACCCUUGAUCAAAUUGAUGAUUAACCGCGAGAAAAGGCUGUUUGCAAAGGAACCUGAUUGCUCUUGUGUAUGUACAAACCAGACUGCCAUUAGAACCUUAUAGCACUUAUCUCACAAUCAGAUCAGCUUUGGCAUCCCAUGAACCUGAGCUCAGUUUUGACGGGACAUUUUGCGGGGACGAGAAAAUUAAGAAACUGAUAGUUGUAAAUGUUGUCUCUUAUUUCUCAUAAGGGUGACUUCCCAAUAAAAUUCCUGUACUACGGGGCUGGUAUAAUUGUGUUAUGUAGAUGCUGGACAUAGCUUGUCAUCUGCCAUGUACGUGUACUCAACGCGAUCUAUCACUGUAGAUUCCAUGAACCUACAUAUUAGACUAGGCUAAGAUGUCAGUUUGUAUCGUGAUUGUAUUGUACAGGAUAAAAAAUAAAGUCAUAAUUAUUUUAUUCUUUAUAAUCGUAGCGUGCUUGGUCUUUC